GGACGGCACAUUCGACGAUCCAGUCCCAUAAUUCUUCAGUAUAAGUAUUUAGCCAUGUCUUUUGAUGGGUGCUUUACUUGGCUGGAUCUAUGUCUGUUCAUUUUUAUAAGCUAUAAACAAAGCAACAAUGUACUCGAGAGAUAUUCUUCCAACUUUGGCCAUUGCCACUGGUGCCUUGGCUCAAGAUGCAGUAUAUACCUACACCGCCGAUACAAUCACCACUUUGGAUUUGUACAAUGUUAGCAAUGCCUCACCAUUCCAAGUCUACAAUGAAUCUUUUACUUCAAUCCUUGGAGACGCGCCAGCCAUCAGCAAUAUCCUAAAUUCUUCUUUUCCUCAAUUCCAUGAAGCCGCUAUCUUUUUCGAUGAAUCUACUCUUUUCGUCACGAGUAACCAAUAUGCCUCAAAUAGCAGCUCUCCUGCCACUAACAACAAAGCGAUUUCCAUUACUCGUUUAGAUAAAUCCGGUGAUUCAUGGGCCGCUACUGUUAUUGAGCCAGAAGGAACCCUUACCCUCGCAAACGGAGGAGCAAAGUAUAACGAUGGUCUCGUAAUCUGCGACCAAGGAUCCAUGACAGCACCCGGUGGUCUUGUCUUCAUGAAUUCCACAGCUCCUUAUACUACAACAACCAUCAUCAACAACUACUACGGCGUUGAAUUCAACUCACCCAACGAUGUCCACGUGACAAGCGACGGAGCCUUAUGGUUCACAGAUCCAUCAUACGGUUCCUGGCAAGGAAUCCGUCCUCAACCCUUACUUCCACCUCAAGUUUACCGCUACAUGCCAGGUACAAAUGACAUUCGUGUCGUUGCGGAUGGUAUCCAAGAACCAAAUGGUAUCACAUUUAGUCCCGACGAAAAAACCGCCUACAUUACCGACGGAACCGGCAAUGCCACUGCCCCUACUGCCCCAAGAGCCAUUUACGCAUACGAUGUGAUCACUCGUGGAGGUGAACCAGCUCUUGCUAAUAAGAGAAUGUUUGCAGUACCACAAACAGGUCUCCCAGAUGGCAUUAAAACUGAUAAUGCAGGAAAUGUAUAUGCAGGAUGCGGAGACGGAGUCAAUGUUUGGAACGAGGGAGGUGUUUUGCUUGGAAAAAUUGCAGUAGAUGGUGGUUCCGCAAACUUUAUUCUCGGAAAUGAGGGAGAUAAAAUGCAAGUGUGGUUAUUGAAUGAGAAGAAACUUUGGCAAGCCAAUUUGGGUUUGGUUAAUGGUGUGGAUGGUAUUGAUUCCGCGAGGAAUGGUACAGUUAGAAGAUAAUUUGGCAUCCUGUAGGAUAGGGAAUUGUAGGAUUAUGGAGGAAUGAUAGCAUGGUUUAAAAGUGUAAUUAAAAAAAUAGCUGCAGGUGUUGAUACUUUGGUAUAGCUAUGCAUAUGCAUAUCAGGUAGAUUAAUAUGAACAAAAUGCUUAUCACUCA